GGGCCAAUCGGGGCGCGGGUCACGGCGCAGGCGCGCUGGGGAGGGAGGGCUAUGCUAAUGUUGUUGAUAUCCUGGGGCCACCCGAGUUAAAGGGGGGAAAUCCGGGGGCUGUCGUAGCCGUCACAGCUCUGGGCCCAGCGGGGGCCCCCUGUAGUCGCCGUAGUCCCAGGGAGGGGCGCCUGCCCCCAGCUCGGGGAGGGGGCGUCGCGGGCCCGGGGAGCACGGACAAACCCUACCCAUGAGGCCCUGAUGGAAAACACAAAGGAUCUGAAUCCGAAGAGACAUUAGAGGUCACCCAAAGCAGCUGUCCUCUCUGCAGCCUCGCUGACAAGUGGUAGCUUUUCAGGUUUCAUACUUAAGGAUUCAUAGCUUGUUUCCGAAGAACUGAGAGCCCAUUCAUGUGAAUUAUUUUAUUUUAUCAUACAUCCUUCCUGUGUGGUAUCCUUUCAAUAAACAUUUAUUACCUGACCAAAAAAAAAGACUGGGCAGAAAUCAUCAUUGGAUGCUAUAUCUGGAAUGAAAUUUUGUCUUUUCAGGGGUGUAUAUGAAUGCUGUGUCAUGUGCUGCUGAUUUCUUCUAAGACUGAACAUUCUUCACAAUACGAAAGGAGAAGAGACUCAUUCGGGAUGUUUGACGGUUAUGAUAGCUGCAGUGAGGACACAAGUAGCAGCUCCAGCUCUGAGGAGAGUGAAGAAGAAGUCGCUCCUUUACCUUCUAAUCUCCCGAUCAUCAAAAAUAAUGGACAAGUCUACACAUACCCAGAUGGUAAAUCUGGCAUGGCUACCUGCGAAAUGUGUGGGAUGGUUGGCGUGCGAGAUGCUUUUUACUCUAAAACAAAGCGUUUCUGCAGUGUUUCAUGUUCAAGGAGUUACUCGUCAAACUCCAAGAAGGCAAGCAUUUUGGCCAGACUUCAGGUAACGGGUAAGCCUCCAACAAAGAAAGCAAAAGUUCUUCAGAAACAACCUUUAGUUGCUAAACUAGCUGCGUAUGCUCAGUAUCAAGCUACCUUGCAAAACCAAGCAAAGACUAAAGCAGCAGCAGUCUCCAUGGAAGGUUUCAGCUGGGGUAACUACAUCAAUAGCAAUAGCUUUAUAGCUGCUCCAGUUACCUGCUUUAAGCAUGCACCUAUGGGGACCUGCUGGGGUGACAUCUCAGAAAAUGUAAGAGUAGAAGUUCCCAAUACAGACUGCAGCCUACCUGCCAAAGUCUUCUGGAUUGCUGGAAUUAUAAAACUAGCAGGUUACAAUGCCCUUUUAAGAUAUGAAGGAUUUGAAAAUGACUCUGGUCUGGAUUUCUGGUGCAAUAUAUGUGGUUCUGACAUCCACCCAGUUGGUUGGUGUGCAGCCAGUGGAAAACCUCUUGUUCCUCCUAGAACUAUACAGCAUAAAUACACAAACUGGAAAGGUUUUCUAGUGAAACGACUUACUGGUGCCAAAACUCUUCCUCCCGAUUUCUCACAAAAGGUUUCAGAGAGUAUGCAGUAUCCUUUCAAACCUUGCAUGAGAGUAGAAGUGGUCGACAAGAGGCAUUUGUGUCGAACACGAGUGGCAGUGGUGGAGAGUAUAAUUGGAGGAAGAUUAAGACUAGUGUAUGAAGAGAGUGAAGAUAGAACAGAUGACUUCUGGUGCCAUAUGCACAGCCCGUUAAUCCAUCAUAUCGGUUGGUCUCGAAGCAUAGGCCAUCGAUUCAAAAGAUCUGAUAUUACAAAGAAACAGGAUGGACAUUUUGAUACACCACCACAUUUAUUUGCUAAGGUAAAAGAAGUAGACCAGAGUGGGGAAUGGUUCAAGGAAGGAAUGAAAUUGGAAGCCAUAGACCCAUUAAAUCUUUCCACAAUAUGUGUCGCGACCAUUAGAAAGGUGCUGGCUGAUGGAUUCCUGAUGAUUGGGAUCGAUGGCUCAGAAGCAGCAGAUGGAUCUGACUGGUUCUGUUAUCAUGCAACCUCCCCUUCUAUUUUCCCUGUUGGUUUCUGUGAAAUUAACAUGAUUGAACUUACUCCACCCAGAGGUUACACAAAACUUCCUUUUAAAUGGUUUGACUACCUCAGGGAAACUGGCUCCAUUGCAGCACCAGUAAAACUAUUUAAUAAGGAUGUUCCAAAUCACGGAUUUCGUGUAGGAAUGAAAUUAGAAGCAGUGGAUCUCAUGGAGCCACGAUUAAUAUGUGUAGCCACAGUGACUCGAAUUAUCCAUCGUCUCUUGAGGAUCCAUUUUGAUGGAUGGGAAGAAGAGUAUGAUCAGUGGGUAGACUGUGAGUCCCCCGACCUCUAUCCUGUAGGGUGGUGUCAGUUAACUGGAUAUCAGCUACAGCCUCCAGCAUCACAGUCAUCAAGAGAAAGCCAAUCAGGUUCAUCAAAACAGAAGAAAAAGGCCAAGUCCCAGCAAUACAAAGGACAUAAGAAAAAGAGGAAGAUGCCAGUUGGGAAGAAGCCUGUCAGUUUGUCGAGCCCGCCUAUGAUGGGUGGGGUGCGGAGGAGCUUCUCUGGUGACGAAGAGUUGACUCCUCCUCCAUUUCGAACCCUUCCAGCACAGACAGCCCUGGAGGCCUUCCCACCUCCCAGCACUAGCGGAGAGUUCAGUCCCAGCCUCAAAACAGGUAAUUAGUGACAUCAGCACCUCAGGUACUGCAGGGGGUAAAAGUCUGGGUAGGGUGGUGGGAGACAAAGCAUGGUCUGGCAUGACAGAUGCUGACUCAUUGAAUCUUUCUUUUUCUUUCAACUUCAAAAAUUCAUUUUCACUAGUCUUUGGUAAUUACUUCACUGAGGUAUCAUCAGGGAGGGAUUUUUAUUUUGUUAUAAACCACUUCUGAGCUUCAAAUUAGAGGAAAGCUAUGAUAUCAGUUUUUGGAAUUACGAGACAACUUGUACUCAUUCGUGGCUUCAUUAAACAUUUUGCAUUGCAGAAUUCUACAUGACUUGACCUGGGGGAGAAAUAGGCCAUUAGAGAUUGAUCUGAUUAGUCAGAUCCAAAGAUGAGGCUUUGUUCACAGGUACACAGCAUCCCAUAGCAUCUCAUUCAUUAAAAAGAUGUGUACUGUGUUCUGGUAUAAUUUUCAUUCUGGAAGUAACAUUUACCGCAAUCUUAGUUGAAUAACAUGGACUUGGAAGUACAUACCUGCAUUAGUGUUGGUGUAGAAUUUGAGUAAAAUUUAUUUCCAUAAUUUCAUGUUUGUGAAUGUACAGUGAUGAAGUAAAUGACAUUUGAGUUUGCUUGGUUAGGCCAAGCAAGUAGAUUGUAAGGAUGACUGGAUUUGCAGUUUGUAAUUGCUAAGAACAAAAACAUAUUAUAGAAUAUCAGAAAGGCUUCACAUGCAUGUGGUAAUAAACUUUAGACAUGAGUGCAGAUAGAUAUCCUCAAAGUCAGUUGUAUCUUAGCAUAUAUUCUUGCCAUAUGCUAUUACUUUUAAACUAGAUUGUUCUAUCUAAUCAGCAUUCUUUAAAAUGCUUUUUGUAUGUUGAAAACCCUGUUGGGACUUAGUACCUAGCUUUAUUUUCUUCUCAUUCCUCUGUUUGCUAAUAUUUUUAUUUUUGUACCUGAAGUUGCCAUCAGCAUUUUUUUUUUUUUUUUGGUCAUUUUAAGAUAUGUUCCUUAGUUUUUGCUUCCCUAAUGGUUUAUCUUGAUUCUUGAUCCUUCCCAAUCUGUUUCUCUGAAGAUUACUCUGAUAUCCUUAUAUCUAGGGGAAAUUACUAUCCCUCCUUUGUAUAAAAAGUAGAUUUGCACUGCAAUCGAAGUUUAUCUGCUCUUUAAUGGAAAAACCUUCAAUGUCUAUCUAAAGAGCAUUUCAGUUUCUUGUUUAUCUCUUUAACUUUCUUUUUGCACUUGUUAUAAAAUAGUCUUCUUUAAGUAACUGUAGAUACUGUGAGCUCUAAAUAUAUUUGAACUUUUAUUGGAUUUUAGAUGGAUUUUCUUUAAGCAUUAGACUGAUUUUGAAGGCAUGUGUCACAUUUUAUGAGAGAUUACUGAUUCAUGUAAAACAGUACUUGACUUCUAAGAUUGAUAAAAUCCAAGAACCUAAAAGUAGACACAUGGGAUGGAGACCCCAAGGCCUCCUAAGUGACUUCUUUCUUCCACCAGUGUCUGGAGUGUCUUCUAAGAUGAGGGCACAUCUUGUGGGACUUGGUGGGAUUUUUACUCUGGUGAAACUAGGUACUAUGUUGCCAUCUAAACUAUCAAAGCUACAUUUUGAUUAGCUAUAGAGAAUAUUACUUUAACGACUUCUAGCCAUGUGCAUGUGGUUUCUGUUAAUUUAUCUCUUGAAAUGUUAGUGAUUAGAGUUAGCAAAGCAACAUCCUUUUAAAAACUGAGCUAAGAAAAUGCGUUUGUGUAGAAAGUGACAUUUAGCCACAGAAUCUGUUUUUUCUCAUCCAUCAUUCAUUGAGAGUAAGGCCUGGAAAGGAGAAAUGAUUAGUGCAAAGAUGGAGGCCCUGGCUUUAUUUUAGGUUCCACAAAAACAGUGAAACCUUACAUUAAAACAUUCCACAUCUGAGUGAAUGUUUCACCUUUACUUUGAGUUACAUUUUUUAAGCACAUCGUUUCCAUAUUUUAACAUGACUAGAAAGCAUAGUCCAGAAAUUUGCUGUUAAUAAUAAAUGCAAAUAUUUUGAAGAUAAUGCUUUUGAAUCUUAAUUUACCUUUCAUACAUUUUUAAAAAAUCCGUUUGAAUGGAACAUCUUUGGUCUCAAAGCGCAGUGAUUCUUUUCUCAUUCAUUUAGCCAUCCAAUCAUCAUAUAAUGAUAAUUUUCUUAUUCAACCUUUUAUUGUGGGUACUGCACCUUUAAUGAAACUUAGGGUUAUUUUUUCCUCUUCCAUGUGUUUAUUGCCAUGGGAUUGUUCAGAUGUCCUUAACAGUUAAUGCAUGUUGGUUAGAUUUGAAGGAUAACUGUUCCAUGCUUGAUAUUCUCCAUAAAAGCAUUUUGAAUUGUAUGAAGUGAUUUUUUUUAAGGAAGAACUGCACAGUCUUGUUUGCAUUACCUUUGAACAGUCUGAUUGGUGUUUAUUUCACUAUUGUUACAGGCAUAUGUAUUCACUUUUCUGUCUUUGGGUUUUAAAUUUUUUUUAACAUCAUUACCAAAACAAGUACUAAAGUAAAAUAAAAUGAAUUGGCAUCCUCAAAAAGAUUAUUCUUUAAAUUAUUAAACAUGAUGUCAAAGACAUUAUUUUUGAAACUAAUCUCUUACAGCUGAAAUCAAGACAUGAAGCAUUUGUCUCUGCAGUAUUUGACUUGAGAGUGUAGCCAAUUUAAUAUUGUUCUACAUGGUGACACUGUCAAGUUACUGUUUCAGCUAAGUACUCUUGACUUCUAAUCCUCCACAUAAAUUGACUUUUUUUUUUCCCAUAUAAGCAGUUCCCAAUUUACAGUCUACGUAUGUUUAUUCUCUGGAGCCAGUUGUGAUGAAAAUAUUCCUAAUGGAAGCAAAAACUUUUUUACCUUUUAUUUGGAACCAGUGCCUGCAGUAAGCAAGCACGUUAGCUGGCAACACAGCCAGCAUGUGUGGGAGUCACACAUUUUACACGGGGGUGUGUCGUGAACGCUGUAGCAAAUUCCCACUGAUCAUAGCCUUUCAAGAAUGUUAGUCUCAUGUUGCCAAGUCUCUGUACUUUUCAGGGUUCUGUGUGAAAUCUCUUAUUUCAGAAUAUUAAGUCAAAUUUAAAAGAACCUUGGGUUACAGGCAAGGACAGGAAGCAGGAAGGACAGUUUGUGACCUCUGACUUAGAGGAGGGGUGUGCUAAAGAAAGUUGGCAUUGCUCACAAUGGGAUUCAAUUCCAGUGAAUAUCUGAGCAUAGAAGAUAUGCCAAGAAUCACCUGUUCUUUAAAUUAUUUGAAACUACUAACUCAAUUUUGGUUAAACAACUUGUUGAGAAACCUGAACACAUCUAUAACAUCUAUUAUUAAAACUAGUUUUAACACCUAGCUAAGAUCAUUUUCACUUUAAAAAGGGGGGAGGGUAAUUUUAUGAAGGGAGGAAUUCUAUAGGAAGUAGGGAGUGGACCAUAGCCCUCAAGGAAAGGAAAGGUUUAGGGCAGCCUGCAGUUACUGGACAAUUGUGUUAAGGGAUAGUAGCUUAAAGAGGGGUUUGUUUAUAAAAAGAGAUAGGAAAUCUCAGAUUUUACAGCCUGAAUUUUUGCCUAAGACCAAUGCUGGACCCAGCAAAGAAAAAUUCUUUUUUCUCUUCAUCCUUGCCCAUACAUUAUAAAGAGCCAUCCUAUCACUAAGAAUUCUCACUAGCCUAACUUUGGUAGCUACCAGGAAACCUAACCCCCACUGAAAAUAUUGAAAACUGAAAAACAGUGGUCUGUAGAAAUAAAAACUAUUGGAAUAUUCAUAAACUGAGGACUGCCUAUUCUGUUUGUUUGUUUUCAUUAAAAAGGAGAAAAUCAGAUAAGAACUCAGACAGGCAGUACUACUGUUAAGUGAUCCUGUGGGUAAUGUUAGCCAUUUGUACCACUGAUGUUCACAUUGCUAAUGUCAGUUUUAUUUUACCUAAAAUGAUUACUUACAUUUUCCAUAAUUUUACUUUUACUUAUUUUUAUUGAAAUGUUGAUAUUAGUAUUGGUUUCAAGUAUACAACACAGUGUCCAUGAUUUUAGUUGUAAUACAGGUUAUCGAAUAUCAGAUUUAUUACUUUUUACAAAUAUAUGAUUUCAUAUAAUUUGUAAUAUACUUAUAUUAAUAAUAUAUUUUAUAUUUUUUUAAUAUUUUAGAUGUAUCAGAUUUAUAUCUUUUCUACAGGCAGUUGUUAAUAAAAGUACUCCUUGGAAAGAAUAAGAUUAUUAUAUUGAAGUCGUAUUUAUUGUGCUGUUAUUUAUUGAAUAUUAUAGUUCAGAACUAUACAAGAAAUACAUCCUUGUUUGUAUAAGCAUUGACAGAAAAGUGAAUACUUUUAAUCAUAAGAAAAAUUCUAAUUAUUGUAGUCAAAGUAGUGACCACUGUUAACCCUGAACAUUUCAUUGAAGAUAAUCCAUUGUGCAGAGUCCAGUAUGUAGUAUUAUUCCUUUUUGGAACUUCCCUUAACUGUUAAUAUACAUUGAAAAGUAAAAUUAAUUAAAUGCUCACCCUUCAGGGGGUUAGUUAGAGACAUGAAGUUUUAUUAACUGCAAAGCUGGUGGAAGAAGAAGACGAAAGCAAUCUUAAUAUUCCAGAAAGGCUUAAUAACAUCCCAUACAUUUAUCUCUCUC